AUGAGGGUCGGCGAAACCUUUCAUAGUUAUGCCAGUUGGUAUUGGGAGCUUUACAAUGAAAUUGGUGGGGGCAACGAGAAAAUUGCGGCAAGCACUUUUAGGAUGGGGCUGCCAGAGGAUUCCGAACUACGGGAGUUGUUGAGGAAGAGGCCUCCCGAGGAUAUGAGGCAACUUAUAAGGUGUAUUGAAGAGUAUAAACGCCUUGAAGAUAAUCGGCUACAGAGUAAGGGCAAGGCCCCGUUGUUAAAUCGUCCUCGACAAGGCGUUUUUCCGCCAAGACCCCGAAAGGAUUUGAGAAUGCAGGAACCGGAGGUACAAAAGGGGGAGGUGAACGUGGCAUUCAAGGAGCCGGUGCACAAGAUCGUAAACCGGAUAAAGAACGAACCGUUCUUCAAAUGGCCGAACAAGAUGGGGGGAGACCAAUCUCGGAGGAACCAGAACUUGUACUGUACCUAUCACAGAGAUAAGGGGCAUACCACCGAUCAGUGUCGGGUAUUAAAAGAUCAUCUAGGGCAGCUGGUGAAAGCAAGGUACUUGAAAGAGUUUGUGGUGGAUUAUGGGAAUCGGGGUGCCGGGCAGGGAGCCUCGCAGAGAGGAAUUCCUCUCCCACAACCUUUGGAAGUGAUUGAAGUCAUCCAUGCUGCGCCAAAGAGUACGAUAGUGACUAGGAAGGGGGUACUGACUAUGGCACUCGUAGAAAAUUACUCAGAUGAGUAG